AUGGCACCCGCAUAUGCAAAAGCGCCUUCGCAGUUACUGCUGUCCUCAGACAGCUCUUCCAGCGGUGACUUUCCGUCGACUCCCGCUGAGGCUAGAGAAAAACCGGCAGCACGAGGGCAGCAAUCACCAAGGCGGGGAAAGCUGCCGCUUGCCCCAAAGAAUACGAACGAAAGUUUGUUGUACCGUCAGGGUCAGACGCCUAGACAUCCAAAUGGGUCUUCGAAGAAGCCGCCACCGCCUCCCCCGGUAGAUGCCUUGGGCUCUCUGUUUAUCCCGGGAUCUCCGCAUCCCAAGGAUAGAUCGGCGGACCGCGAACUGGGAGUAAGGGACCCACUCUUGGCUCUAGACUCUCCUCAGCAGGCAGUGCAGCGAAUCAAGAGCGCAGUCAUCAUGAGGGCCAUGAGUGCUAGGAGUACGGAGGCACGAGAUAUGAAAAGUGCUUCUGUGGAGAUCGAGAAGGGGCACUUUCAGCCACUUAGUCGGCAGGCCUCGAAACGGGUAGCUUUAACACCUCGGGAGUCGUCCUUUGCUCGCAAGCCAUCAGGUUUACCUGUCAGGAGCAGGCAGAGCAUCGUAUCACGUAGAAAACUUGAACAAACGGAGUCUUCCCUCGCUGAAAAGUGGCUCCCAUCCUCACCAAGGCCUCUGGGCUCGGAUGAUGGUGGCAAGCCAGUUGCUCGUCAGCGGAACGGAGCCGGCGAGCAAGACGCCUCAGGGAGGCUUCUAAAGAAAGCGAACUCCGAAGAUGCGUGGGCAACACUUCCUCGAAGGGAGGCCUGGUCAAGAAAUAACAGUAAAGAUGGGGGACCUCAAGGCCGAGCUCAACCUGGUAAGGCGGAGAAGCGGCCUUCCGCUUCUGGGCCUCCAGCGACGCGAAAAUCGCUAGUUUUGUCCAAGCAGCAACCGAAACUUCCGACGGGUAGGUCGGAGGCAGAUGCAACACCGUGGUCUGAUGAGGUUUUGGAAAGGCCAGGCACCUCCAGACCCGACCAGAAGGCCCCUAAGAAGCUCGCAUCUACAGGUUCCGUAGCUCGUUUUUCUCCAAGAAUUAAGUCCUCAGUUGAGCAGGAUCUCGUUCAAGACCUUGAGGGUCGCCUUGUCACGUCAAACCGUCGAAUAAGCGAGCUCGAGGCUCAACUAGCAGAAAUCAACAGACACCACGGCGAAGAACUUGAACGGCUGCGUUUAGAGCACCAAGUCAAGCUUGCUGAAGAAGUACGGAAGGUCGCGUCUGAGCGAGAAGAGGCAAUGGAGAAGCUUCGAAAAGAGGAGAAGAGCAAACGUGAAGAAGUGCAGAAGCAAGCUUUGGCCCGCCAGAGUAGCAUGAAGAUGCGGUGCGAUGCUUCGGUACGCGAGCUGAAGGAGAAAGUUCAGUCUUUGGAAAAACAGCUAAAGACAAAAGCUCAGGACUUUGAGCGCGAACGAGUCGGCCUUAUGAAGUCUUUUGAAGAUAAACGGAAGCACGACCUGCAGGCACAGGAAAACGAGGCGAAGACGCAUCAGAAGGAGCUAAAGAACAAGGAGUCAGAGUUAAUGGAACAGCAAGGCAGAGUACAGGCUCUUACUGCAAGCAUGCAAACUCUAACAACUUCGCUCGCCCAGAUGAAGGAACUGAACGACAUAUCAAGGACGGCGACACAAGCGCUGGAAGAGAAGGCAAAGACACAGGCUGCAUUUAUAAACACAUUAAUAAAGAGGGAAGAAGACCUGCGAGCCCAGGCAGCAAAGCUCAUGCCAAUAAAGGAAGCUAAGAGGCUUGCAUUCCGGGCACUACUCAAAGGAAGAGCGGUGGAAAUGAUUUCACGAGCGUGCAUGCCAACAGACGCUAGCCUUUGGAACAAGGCUUGGGCUUUCCAACAGCUUGUUGACCUUAUCGGUGGCAUACACGGGUCCAAAGAGAGGAGACAAGACGCGAUCGAGUCAAGGCUUAUGCAGUUCCGCAAGGAACAGAUGUUCCUCAUGGCGGAAAACGAAAGGCUGAUGGCAAAGGUUGCUGAGCUGCAACAAGAGGGAAUCAAUCAGAGGCAGAGCAAGGUUGCUUUAAUGGAGCAGGCACUCAUCGGAGAAUCUUCAAGCAGUCCACGCAAUGCAGCAAACAACAGUAACGGAGGCCCAAACAGUGAACCUGCUCCUCGAUGGCUUGUAGUGUGUAUUCAACACAUGGUUGAUAGGAGACUGUUGUGGGCGUUUCUAAGGCUGCAGAAGGUGACCACAGAAGCUGAGUCGAAUACCACGAUAGACAAGCUGCAGAAGAAAUUCAAUGAGUUGCGCGUAUCGGCUUACAAGGAAAUGGCAGCAAGGAUCGGGAUUUUCAGGCUUGUAGCUUUCAUAAGGUGCCUGCGUCUCCGAGCAUUGUUCAAUGCUUUCUUCAAUCUUGCAAUGAAUGCAAGUCAGCUCUCCCGCGACGAGGCAGUGAAGAAAGCAGAGCAAACGCGGGUUUGUCGAGAUCCGUUCACAAAAGAAUCAGGUGCAGCUGAACUUCCAGUUACAGGGUCCUACGCCGCUGCGGACAAUGCACGACUUGACCUGAACGUUCCUUUGGCCCAUCAGCCACACUACUAUCGUCAGUUGCCGUCCGUGCGGAAUCCACCUCGGGGGCGCAACAUGUUCGUCCCUAUGGUUGACCCUAGGCCACCAGUGCAGGGGUACUUGCCACACCCUGGGUACUCGCACACGCCACUAUCGCUCGGUGUGCCACCUUUCGUAACAAAGGGCCGAGCGCCUGGAAGCAGCGCGGGUGUACCGAAUGCGUUCCCUUCGGGGCCAUAUGAUGCAACACAGCCAGUUGACGAGCGAGGCGCAGUUUACCGCAUGAGGGGAGCACAACAGGAUCUUAGGAGAAUCAUGAUGGAAAGUGUUGGUGACAAGGUGGGAGCGCGCAUCGUUGGUAGAAAGUAA